UUAUCACUCGUAUCCCUCUUUCCAUCGGCAGAAAUUAGCCAUGGAUUCUCAACUCCUCCUACUCUUUGUUUUCCUCAUACCCGUUAUUUUCUUGCUCUUGAUCAAACACCGAAAGAAAAGUACUGCUUCUCAAACAAGGAGAUUGCCUCCUGGUCCCAGGAGGCUGCCUCUCAUUGGCAACCUUCACAAGCUCUCCGAUGGCGGCUUACCCCAUCACGUCCUAGAGCGCCUAGCCGCCAAAUAUGGAGAUCUCAUGUUUUUACAACUAGGCUCAGUAUCCACUCUAGUGGUCUCCUCAUCUCAUAUGGCAAGAGAGAUCUUCAAAACUCAUGACCUCAUUUUUUCAGGUAGGCCAGCCUUGUAUAUUCCAAAGAAGCUUAGUUAUGAUUGCGUUAAUCUGACAUUUGCUCCCUAUGGGGAUUAUUGGAGGGAGGUUAGAAAGAUUGUGAUCUUCGAACUGCUUAGUGCAAAGAGGGUCCAAAUGUUUCAGUCUGUGAGGGAUGAAGAGGUCGGACUUAUGCUCGAAUCUAUCGCGCAUUCUAAGGGUCCGGUCAAUAUCAGUGAACUCACACUUUUCUUGGCAAAUAAUGUUGUGAGUCGUUCGGCGUUUGGUAAAAAGUAUGAUGAUGCAGGAGAGAUUGGAAAGAGCAGGAUUCAUGAGUUGCUUGAAGAGACAAGGACCCUGUUGGGAGGAUAUUGCGUGUCGGACUUCCUACCUUGGAUAAGUUGGCUAAACAAGUUCAAUGGCCUUGAUCAAAAGUUAGAGAAGUGUUUUAAAGGCUUGGACAAUCUCUACGACAGAGUGAUUGAGGAACACCUUGAUCCGAAAAGGCCUAAACCGGAGCAUGAAGAUCUUGUUGAUGUACUCCUUCGAGUUCAGAACGAUCCAAGUCAAACAAUCGCCCUCACUAAUGACCAAAUUAAGGGUGUUCUAACCGACAUGUUUAUUGCAGGGACUGAUACCACAUCAGCCACACUGGUAUGGACAAUGGCUGAAUUGAUUAGGAAUCCCCGCAUAUUGAGGAAAGCACAAGACGAGGUGAGAGAAGUUUUGAAGGGAAAACGGAAGGUGGAAGAAACUGAUCUGUCCGAACUCGUGUAUCUAAAGUUGGUCUUGAAGGAGAGUUUUAGACUACAUCCACCUGCGCCAUUACUGCUUCCAAGAGAAACCUUAGAGAGUUGUACAAUCGAAGGGUACGAAAUUCCUGCCAACACAAUGGUGUUUGUGCUUGCAAAAAUGGUAGGAAGUGACCCUAAAUGUUGGGAAAACCCGAAAGAAUUCCUACCUGAGAGAUUCAUGGACAGCUCAGUUGACUACAAAGGAAACCAUUUUGAACUUCUACCAUUUGGCGCCGGAAGGAGGGGUUGUCCUGGUAUGAACUUUGCUGCGAAGCUGAUUGAGCUUGCGCUCGCCAAUCUGCUUUAUUGUUUUGACUGGGAACUGCCUCACAGGGUGAGAAGAGAAGACAUGGACAUGGAAGAGGCUGCUGGCCUUACAGUUGCCAAGAAAGUUCCUCUAUUUCUAGCUGCUCGACCUGCAUAUCCUUGACAAGCUAUGUUGCCCAAUAAACAUGCCUCAUCUGUUGUUAAUUUUGAUGUCCUCAAGUCAAAUAACCUAUGAUGUCACGAACGUGAACUUCAAGUUUAGGAAUUAGUAUUGUUUGAUUAAGGCGUGUAAGAAAUUAGCUUCCUGUCUUGAAUAAGACAUGUAUUGUAUAAUACAAGAACUCAUUUCUUCUCCAGAAAGUUCCUUCUCUUUUUUA